AUGUCUACAAUGCAGGCCAUCGCCAACUCUGGAUACGGCGGCGCCGAGGUCACUUCCAUCAUCGAGCUGCCCGUCCCCACCCCCGCAGAGGGCGAGGUCCAAAUCCGCGUCGCUGGUGGAGGCCUCAACCCCGUCGACCUCCGCCUGCGCGAGGGUGCUCUCAAGGCCCUCCUUCCCCUGCCGCUCCCCUUUGUAGUGGGCAAUGAGCUUUCGGGCGAGAUCAGCGCCCUCGGCGCGGGUGUGACGUCGUUGGCUGUGGGCGACAAGGUCAUUGUUCGCGUCAGCAAGACUGGCGGCACUGGAGCGUUCUCGCAAUACGUCGUUCAGCCUGCCAACCUCGUGGCCCGUGCGCCGACCAACAUCUCCCUUGUUGAUGCCGCCGGUCUCCCCCUUGCGGGUCUCACGGCACUUCAGGUCCUCGACAAGCUCGGGGUCAAGGCGGGCGACAAGGUCCUCAUCACUGCUGGUGCGGGCGGUGUCGGCCUCUUGGCCAUCCAGCUGGCCAAGAUCCGCGGCGCCCAUGUCACCACCACUGCGUCGUCCGCCGGCGAGGAGCUCGUGCGCAGUGUCGGCGCCGACGUCGUCGUCGACUACAAGACCACCAAGCUUGCCGACCUCGACACCAAGUUCACCCAGGUCUUUGACUGUGCCGGCGGCGACAUGACAGACGUGCUCGCCGCGACCGCGGACAACGGUCGCGUCAUCACCAUUGCCGGCACGCCCACGCCCAGCAUGUUGGACAGCUUCGACCUGCCCAGCUGGAAGCGCUACCUCGUCUCGGGCGCCAUCUGGCUCCAGAGCCGCUCGGUCCGCAACGCGGCCUCCGCCAGGGGCAUCGCGUACGAGUUCCUCUUCAUGCGUCCCGAUGGCCCCGAGCUCCAGCAGCUCUCAGACUAUGUCACCGCUGGCAAGCUGCGUGUGGUCAUCGACUCGACCUUCAAGUUUGCCGACUACGCCGACGCGCUGGCCCGUCUCGAGAGCAAGCGCUCCAAGGGCAAGGUCGUGAUCGAGUUCCCUGCGACUGCCUAG